GCGGUGGGCAUCCAGCGCAACGUAGCACUGGCAAUGGCCGUGGGUUGCCCCACCCCUCGGGCGCCCCACCGCUGGCGAUGGCCUGGCAUCUGACUGCGGCACAGCAGCUUUUGUGGAAUUCAGCGCGGUUGCAACAGUGACGUCUUGUGACGACGGGCCGGCCACUGGAAUACGAAGUUCUUCAAUCUACAAUGUUUGCAUCCGCUGUCACAUCUCUGCAAGAGCGGAUAACUACACACUCGUUCUUUGGGCCCUUUUCUCCAAUCACACUGAGCUUCUAGCCAGGUCCUACAGUUCACCGACUUCUGGCAUUACACUACACACGAGAAGAUCUGCAGCCUCAAGGCCGCUUAGGGAACCUCGCGCCCCUCGCCUCGUUUGUGCAAAUCCCAUGGCGCAGCUCUAUUGACGGCCUGCCACUCCGAGCAACCGGGUCCAUGAAGCCGAGGUGGAAUUGACGGUGAGGGAGGGGAAGCUUGGAACUUGGAACGGAAUAUAAGCUGGAUAUAUCCCCGGCCAGAGCCAAAUAUUCAGAACCAACAUUCCAGUCGCUUCAAGUGGAUCAAAACACCAUCACAGAUUCAGUCACCAUAUUUCUCAACCUUCUCAACUCACUCUCAACACCACACCACACCACACAUACCAUUUAACUUCGCUCCAAAAUGCAUCUCACUUCCGUCCUCUCCCUUGCGGCACUCCCCCUCCUCACCUCGGCCUCCCCCAUCUCCACCAGGCAAACGACCUCAAACGGGACCUCUUGCUCCAACACCUCCUUCAACGACUUCCAAUGGCAGGCAUCCAACUUUGACUUUCACGCCUCAUUCAUUUUUAGCACCCCCGCACACCAAAACUCCUGGGGCUACGCCUCCUUCGACCUCUUCAACCCCGCCGAUAAGAGCACAGUUCAAUGUUCUGCCGCUAGCAACCAGAUCAAUGACUUCUUCUACGGCACCAUUCAAUACAGCUGCAACGACACCCUCCGCGGAGGCUCCACUAAGUUUGACUUCAACAGGCCUUCCGGCGAGUUGAGAGUGGAACAGAGCUGGACCUGCAGAGACCAGGACCCGCAGUACCCCAUCACAUUCACUGCCAAGGGCUCAGCAAACGUCACCCUCGGCUGCACCGAGGACUUUUACCAGAAUGCCAACUGGACUAUGGGCGACAUUUACUCUAGGAGAACGAUCACCUGCGGCAAGGUCGACUCGGCCGUCGUCCCCUAUGAGAUCUCAGCUAUUGCCUGA